GUAUUCCACCAUUCCACGUGUCGUCACUCUCCACUCCUUAAAUUAACUCUCUUUAUCUAUCAAUCUAUCUUUCUCUGCAACACAUACACCCACCUUCAUUAUGGCUGACAUUCAACAGUACUACCAGCAAGACCACCAAGAUGUCUCAGCCACCAAGGAACGCUCUUCUUCCCACAUCCUUGCCCUCGCCACCCUCCUUCCUUUCGGUGCCUCACUCCUCUUCCUCGCCGGAGUCACUCUCCUCGCCACCCUCAUCGGCGUCGCCCUCGCAACCCCCCUCUUUAUAAUCUUCAGCCCAAUCUUGAUCCCCGCAGCUCUCGUCAUCGCCUUCUCCGUCUCGGGAUUCUUGACAUCGGGUGCCUUCGGCGUAACCUCAGUCUCUUCGUUCGCGUGGAUGGCCAGUUAUCUCCGCCGAUCUCGCCUUCAAGAAAGUCUGCUGCAUGCCAAGGACCGGGCUCAGCAGAUUAUGUCCAACAUGGCCCAACGAGCCAAAGAGGCUGGUGCCACUGUCGUUAGUGAGGCCCAAGACACGGCCCAACAAGCCCACGAUGCACCGACUGACACCGACAGUACCGUAUCCGUGACCCCGUCUGAGUCCCAGACGAGUGAUACACAGAGUGGGAGUGGAAGUGGGAGUGGGGGUGGGACCCAAACGAGAGACACCGCCUCUACCACCGAGACUAAGGAUGAGGGAGGAGGAGGGGGAAAGAGCAAAGAUCGAAAGAAAACAUCGUCCUGAGCUAUUUUAUAUUUUAUAUUUUAUAUUAUAUAUUAUGCGUUAUGGAUAUAUUUAGUUCCACCUGUAUUUCAUUAUCGCUGCUGUUGUUGAAUUCAGAAGCCUGUGUUUUUGUUCGUCUCCUAGAGUUUAAAUUCUACUGUAUGCUUAUCUUGCUUAAAUAAUUUUAUUUCAUUUCAUACA